AUGGUGGCUUCGCGCAAUAGCAGCACUGACAGUCUGGACGGGUGCUUCGUUUUCGCAUCGGAGAACCCUGCAGAGCCCAUUUCCACCGACACCUCCAUCAUCGUUGACACGCCUGUUACCGAGGUGGUGACAAACCUGCAGGUCCCGAAGUACGACCCGGGGUAUGCAGACAAAUUGCGACCCAUCAGGGACUCCGACCUUCCUGAGGAGUUCCGCUACCCCUGUCGGCGCUUUCAAAGCAAGGAAGAGAGAGAUGCGAUUCCUGUGCUGCGCUAUGCAAUCGAGCUAUCGUUCGAUAAGCAAACGCUUGUGCGCCGUGCUCAGGAGGUUGCUGAGCAGACGUCCGCGGACGUCGAAUGUGCCAAGGAAGGGGUGGAGGGUUGUGCAGAAGAAACACAGAAGGAACGUGCCCAGGUACUCAAGGAGCAGGUGGCGGCGAUGGCCUCACGUGAGCAGUUUCGUAUUCUCGAGGAUCAUCUACGGUCUGUCGUGGAGAGCUGGCACAUCAUCCCACCUGAAUGGUCACCGCAAGCAGUGUUGCUGGACCAUGGCCCAAACACAAACGGGACCAUGCUCCUAUACACGAACCGAAACACUCGAGGUUUCAGAGACCGUUUCGGGGAGAAGCUGGAGCAGACUGUUGAACUCAUCAAGAAAACGUUCGGCCUUCCUCCCGCUACUCAGCCGAUGUGGUACUUCUCGGACGAGUACGGUCCCGCGAGCAACUUUCCAUUGAGCGUAGACGGAAUGCUCAAGUCCAAAGGAAUACGGCUCCCGGAGCAACCUCGCUAA